AUGGAGGACGCCACGCUUUGCCAGGAGCUGGCGCUUGCCUGGGACGAUGGUCCCUGCUGCUGGUGCUGCACGCCGUGCCAAACCGAAGCGGGGGGGAAAAGCUGCUGCUGUGCCACCGGAACAUGCACGCAACCCUGCUGCGUACCGCGGGAACACGAGUUUGCGGGCGAGCUAUGGUUCCAGGAGCAGCCGUGCGACACGCCCAAGCCCCGGCGCAAGACGGGACUUCUAGAGGUUCCGCGGGCUGGAAAUAGCACGGGGGGAAGCCUAGACGGGUCGGCGAAGCUGGGGGUGUUGCGGGAUGGGGGCCCGUUGAGCUCGUGCGAUACGAAUGAAAAGGUUGCGGGGUGCUGUUCUGGGAAGCGGAGUGCUUCGAGAAUGGGGCCGGAGGGGGGGGCUGUUUUGGAUUCUUCUCCGGCGGGGGGGCCGGGGAUGGGGCAAAAGCAGGGGGUGUAUGCGCCGCAGCUUCAGCGGCAGCGGUCCGAUGUCUCUGUCUUCGAGGGCACCCCCCAAGUGAAGGAGAAUUUGCAAGUUUGCGGGGGUUGUCACACUGUUCAGGUCAUGAAGCCCGUUGUAAGAGCGGAGCCUUUGGUCGCGCCUGCCUGGGAAGCUGCACCACAGACAAAAGUGCAGCGGGGGUUUGGGCCAAUUCUUCCGGAAGUCAACUAUCUGCUAGAGAGGCCCUGUGAUGAGAAAGUGGUUCCACCCGCCCCAGACGGCGCUCUGGCGCAUCAUGGCGCGGUUGCAGGGCUUGGGGGGAUUGCGUAUCCAUUGCCGAUGAAGGGGAGGGGACUAGGGAACCGAGAGAUCAUCUCCAAUCUGAGGGUGCCCGACUCGAAAGCGCCAGCAAACCGGUUCAUGUAUGCUCAAGUUUUCAAUGGGACAACUUUCGGGGGGGCGCAACCUCCGCAGCCGGGGGGUGCAAGCACUCUGGCGGGCAUUCUAGACAGCACCCCCAUGAGAAUACUGAGAAAAGCGGCGGGGGGUAAAGAGACGACGGCGGGGUUGUCUUUCAGGAGCAAGAAGUCGUCGAUGAUGCCCCCCCAAAAGGGAGUGACAACCACUACCAGGUUUGUGUCUUUGCACACAGCGGAGAAGGGGUCUGAGCAGGGGGGGCCGGAAAAGCUGGCGAAACUGACCCCCUCGGCGGUGCUCGCAGGCACGAAACAGGCGCGGUCGAGUCAGCUCCCUGAGGAGUUGUUACUGGAAGUGAAGCGCAAAAGUUGCGCAUCUCCUGAUCCGGCUAACAAGCGGCCCAAGCUCCUAACCCCUGUGUUAGUACCCAAACCCUCCGACAACUCGCUGACCUCAGCGCACCCUAACCCCACUACUGGAUCUAAUUCGUCCACUAGUAGUUCCGAUGAGAUGGACUCCUCUGGCUAUGACCCAUCAACGGUUUACCGUGUAACAUCCAGCAGCGGCGCCGUCCCCUCAAAUGGGGGUUUCGCACCGUCCCUGCCCGAGCCUCUGGAGACCCCCCUGCCGCGCGUGGGGUCCACUUCGGACUUUGCCCAAGUGAAAGACCUCCCCUUCAGUCCGGAGUCGUUUGAAGGGCGCUGCUGUAAAUCGGCCCCAGAGGGCGUUCGCACCAAGCCAGUUUUGCAAGUCGUUCCUGAGGGGGGGGCGGUGGGAGAGGAGGUUGUAUCCCCCGGGAGCACGGGUAGUGGAAUUGUCGCAAAGGGGGGGGUGACGGAAGGGGCGGAGAUCGGCCCGCGAGCGGGGGGUGUGGGGAUGGAGGAGCAUCUGAAACUUUUCAGGGGGCUGCAGGCUGCGAAGGUGCAAGGGGCCAGUCUGGAGGUCGCCAGAACGUUGAAGGAGGCGGCGGCAGCGGAGGCGAGCUCUUUUCCAGUGGGCAGCCUGACCCAGCUUUCGGACACUCCAGACAUCCUUCUCAAGGUGCUGACGUCAGGACUGAGUGCGCGCGACCUCGCCCGCCUGGAGGCUGCCUGCCGCUUCUUCCGCACGCCCGCCAACUUUGCGCCUGACGCCUCCAUGUCGCUGACUGUGGUCGCUGCGCACCGCUCGUGCCAGGCCCACCCUGUAUAUAAGGCCUGUUCAGCUGCGAGCCAAGGGCGCCUUCUACUGCGGUGCGGGGGCGACUGGAAGGUGGCGUACCAUCAUCUGAACGCGCUCGACCGCGUCGACAGUACGAAGGAGGGCCUCGUGGAGGUCGGUCCCGACUUCAGCUGCACGGUCAACACGGCGGGCGAGCUGCGCAUCUUUGGGGGCUCCAAGGCGCGCUUCGCGUGCCUGGGCGAGCGCGAGGUGGAGCAGCUGUGGGAGCAGCGCAGAGUGGGCGACGUCCUGGCGGACAGAAAGAUCGCUUGCGUAGCCGCCGGCCCGGGGUCUGUCGUCACAGUGACGUCGGAGGGUGACGUGUACAGUUUUGGAAAGAACGAGCAGGGGUGCCUGGGGAUUCCCGGACAGGAGGACGUUGUGCUGCCACAGCCUGUGACAGCACUUGCAGGCAUCCCCAUAGCGCAGGUUGCGUGCGGCGCAACCGUCACCGCAUUCCUCAGCCGCGAGGGGCGCGUUUACACCAGCGGCACGUCCGCCACGGGCAUGCUAGGCCAUGGCCCCGAGACCCACUUCUCGGACGUCCCCCUCAUGGUCCAAGCGCUUUCGGACGUCCGCAUCGUGCAGAUCUCUGCGGGGUGGGACCAUAUGUUGGCGGUAACGGAUAAGGGGGAGGUGUAUGCGUGGGGCGAGGGCGGGAAGGGGCAACUAGGGCAGGGGGGAACGGAACCGAAGGAUGGGGGCGACGGAAGCGUCCCUUGGGUUUUCAGAUGCGAGGAGACCCCUCAGCGCAUCGCACGCCUUGCCGACCACUUCGACGCCCACAUCGUGCAAGUCGCGGCCGGUGCGCAUCACUCCGUUGCUCUCGCUGCCGACGGCCGCGUGUUCCUCUGGGGCAUUCCGCCCAACGGAAUCCGGAGCAGGGACGCAAGAGAAGAGGACGCAAUGGUUCAGGAGCUGCGGGGAAUUGAUAACAUUCGGCCAGUGCAGGUCGCUGCUGGAGCCCUGACCACUUUCGUGGUGGGCGAUUUGGGCGAGGUCUACUCCUUUGGCUGCUGCUUCUACGGAGAGCUGGGUUUGGAGGGCUGGGGUUUAGUAACCCUUGAGCCGCGGAGAGUGGAGGUUUUGAGGCCCCACAAGAUUGUACAAAUAGCAGCCAGUUGGUUCCGGCAUACGGUUGCAAGGACCUUCAAAGGCGAGGUCGUGGUGAUGGGAUUGAAUAGCAGUGGGCAGUUGGGGAUUCCGUUUACCGAGGCCCAUGCGGGCGUGUGGAAGCCGAGAGUUAUCGGGCGGAACUGCCCGGCUGAUGCAGUGGGCCGGGAUUAGAAUAUUGCGCUCUCUGCACGGCACCGGUCCAUUAGAAUGUGUAGCAUGAUGUACGUUAGAUCCUGAGGGAAUCCAACCCUUGUGUGUGUGAAAGUCGGCAAAGGGCUUGGCGCCCGUUCCGAUGACCGAGAGACUUUAGUCCACAGGUUGACGCCAGCCUGCAACAUAAUCAGGUUGCAGCUCCAUUAGACAUUGAGGACGGUCUGGUCAGACAGCUUGAUUUUAUGUUCCGUCCAUUUCAAUCUCAGUUCCAAUUGAAUGUGAAGUCUUCGGUUGCGGACAAUCUACGGCGAU